UAACAUCUCGACCAAUAGGGUAGCCGCGUUGAUGAGGCGCCUUGUCUGACUUAAUUUGCUUUCAUUUUGCGUCUCUGACAAAUUUAGCGAACUCAACUCGCUUCUAUUUUCUAAAUGUAAGUUGUCACAGUACGACACGGUCUCUCUCGUCGUGACCAUGUGUCCUGUCAUGUUCGGCACUGUGACAGAGUUCCGUACGAACGGCGAAGUUAGCGCGGACUAAGUUGGCUUGAUAGCUAGCUAGCCGCUAGCCCAGCUCUUUUGCAACAAUGUCCAAUCUUCCUCAGAAUAAUUUGAAGGAGCAGCUGGCGAGACACAGCACCGGCGCCCAAAGCAAGAUGUCUUUGGCUAAACCUAAAUCGGGGCCAUUUUCUUUUAAAAAGAAGUCGCCGUCAGGUACAAACUUGGUGGAAACCCUGAGCAAGGUAACGAGCCCAAAUGUUUUGGCAAGCAGGAAUGUCAAUGUCCCCAAGACCAAUUUGGUGACUCAGCCUGUUGUGAUGUUUUCAAACAAGCCCGAGACUGCUCAAAAGUCCAAAAUCAGCAACUUUUUCUCUGUACGUUCCAAAGACAAAUCGGACAUCAGCCUGUCGUCAGUGGCGUCUUCUGGCAAUGUGUGUCUAUCCGCACCCAAAUUUGACAGACCGGGAAUGAGUAACAAUGUCAGCACUCCCGUAAAUUUGGAUGAAUCACUUGGAAUCCAGCUUGAUGACUGGGAUGAUUUUGAUGACUUUGAAACUCCAACCAAGGCAAAGAAUACCUCCUUGAAUGAAGACGUAAACAAGACUGACAGCAGGCCGGUCACAGCUAAAAGGAAAACAGACUCCAUAGAUGAAAUUCAAGCAACGUCAGAUCAGACUGAAGUCCAACAACCAGCAGAGAGUGAACCAGAAGAUUCUCCGAUAAACACACCAAGAAGACGCCGGCAGCCUUAUCUGAAGUCUGUUGUUAGUGAAAGUGAAGAGGACAAUGAUGAUGUGCCCAUGACAGAUGAUAAUAAAGAAUGUGUCACUCCAGAGUCUAUUAAACUGGAUGUCACCUUGGAGCCUGAAGAUGACCUCGAUUACAUACCGCCAUCUCCAGAGAGCUAUUACAGCAAAUCUCCUUUGGAGUCCAUAUCCAAGCCAUGUUAUACUGAAAACAAGGACAAUAAUGUGCACUCCACUAGCUUAACCGUGACACCUCGUCAAGCCUCUGAUGAGCAUUCAACAGACAAGAAAAAUGACGAACUCUACAGCAUCAUGGAGUGUAUUUGUGCUCUGGUGGAUAACAUCCCUGAACACGAACUCAUCGCUCUGUCAUGUGGAAAUGAGCUUCUGCUGAAGAGGGCUCAAAGGAAGAGGAUUCUCAUUACCGGCGGUGCCGCCUUGCUGGGGACUCAGCAGCCUGACAGCACUGUGCUUUCUGAACCCAGCUUGAAAGACAAAUCUUGCUCCGAUUUCUCCAGCAGCUUUUUACCCGCCGUUUCAAAGAAGACCGCUCAGCUCAGGAGAUCCUCCGUCAUCUCUGUGGACUGUGACUCCGAUCAAUCUGACAGCCUCAUUAAAGAACAUUCAUCAAGCUGCAACCAUGGCUGGAAAUCAGCUGUGGAAAUUGAGAGCAACUGUAAUUCUCCGUCAAGCCACGGCAUCUCCAACACACCUCACAAUAACUCGGGUGUCGAGAAGACCGUCAUAGAUUUGUACUGCGAAGAUCAUUCCUUCUUGCCAAAGAAGAAGACGAAGACUUCAGCGCAGAUUCAAUCCACUCCAAAUGUCACGGCCGCGAACAUCGUUGACCUCGAUGACUUUUUCAUCGAUAACUUUGACAUUGAUGACUUGAACGACUCUGACAUGCCCGACUACUUCGAUGAACCGCCAAGUUCGGUGGCGCCGCUGAAGACGCCCAUCGCCGCCCCAACGGCCGUAAAAGAAGGUGGGCCGAGGAAGUCUUUAUGGGAGAAGAAACCUGCGAUGCCUGCGCCUCCGCUCAACCCUGCAAAGAUUUAUUCUGCUGAACCCACGUUCCGAAACCCGGCACAAGACCGUUUCCGAGGUUUCAACUUCUCCCACUCGCAGGAAAUGAUGAAGAUCUUCCACAAGCGCUUCGGUCUCCAUCAGUUCCGGUUCAAUCAGCUCGAAGCCAUUAAUGCCGCCAUCCUCGGAGAGGACGAGUUUGUGCUCAUGCCCACAGGCGGCGGUAAAAGUCUGUGCUACCAGCUUCCUGCCUGUCUGUCACCGGGAGUCACUGUGGUCAUCUCGCCACUCAAAUCUCUCAUUGUGGAUCAAGUCCAGAAGCUCACUUCUUUGGAUAUCCCAGCGACAAGCCUUUCUGGUGAUAAAAGUGAUAGCGAAGCGGGGAGGAUCUACAUGCAGCUCUCCAGGAAGGAGCCCAUCAUUAAACUCCUCUACGUCACACCUGAGAAGGUCGGCGCCAGCAACAGGCUGAUCUCAGCCCUUCAGAAUCUAUAUGAGCGAGGGCUCCUGGCUCGCUUUGUCAUCGAUGAGGCUCACUGCGUCAGUCAUUGGGGACAUGACUUCCGUCCGGACUACAAGAGGCUGAGCGAAUUGCGUCAUAAGUUCCCGAAAGUGCCCAUGAUGGCCCUGACUGCCACGGCAACUCCGCGCGUGCAGACGGAUGUCUUGCACCAGCUCAGAAUGACGAGCCCUCAGGUCUUCACCAUGAGCUUUAACCGAGCAAAUCUUAAAUACGCCGUGCUUCCCAAGAAACCCAAAAAGGUCGACGAGGACUGCGUCACCUGGAUCAAGAAGCACUACCCACGUGAUUCGGGCAUCGUGUACUGUCUGUCCCGGAACGACUGUGACAUCAUGGCUGAGAGCCUACAGCGAGCCGGCUUGUUGGCGCUGUCCUAUCAUGCCGGUCUGAGCGACGGCGACAGAGAGUACGUGCAGUCCAAGUGGAUCAACCAAGAUGGCUGCCAGGUCAUUUGUGCCACCAUUGCUUUCGGCAUGGGCAUCGACAAGCCUGACGUGCGCUACGUUAUCCACGCCAGUCUGCCUAAAUCCGUAGAGGGCUACUACCAAGAGUCGGGGAGGGCCGGCAGGGACGGGGAGAUCUCUCACUGCAUUCUGUUCUACACCUACGCCGACGUGCAUCGCAUCAAGAGGAUCAUCAACAUGGACCGAGAGGGUGACAGAAACACCAAGGCCACUCACUUCAAUAACCUGCACAGCAUGGUGCAGUUCUGCGAGAACAUGAUGGACUGCAGGAGGAUUCAGCUGCUUGCCUACUUUGGGGAGAUGUCGUUCAACAGGGGCUUCUGUAAGGAAAACCCUGACGUCGCCUGUGACAACUGUAGCAGGCCAAAUGAAUAUAAAAUGAGGAAUGUCACUGAUGAGGUGAAGAACAUUGUGAGCUUCGUGCAGGAGAACUGUGAGAAGGUUGGCGCCAAGUUCGGACGGACUGCUAAACAGAUCCGCCUGACACUCAACAUGUUGGUGGACAUCUUUGUCGGAUCCAAAGCUGCCAAGAUCCAGACAGGCAUGUUUGGGAUGGGAGGAUCUUAUUCCAGGCACAAUGCAGACCGCCUGUUCAAGAAACUCGUCCUGGACAACAUCCUCAUGGAGGACCUUUACAUCACCAACGGCGGCCAAGCUGUGUCUUAUAUCUCCGCAGGACCAAAAGCUCUCAACCUCCUUUCUGGACACAUGCAGGUCACCUUCUACGACACGGAAAGUGCUUCCAGCUUCAGGAAGAACAAUGCGGUGGCCAAGAAUGUCUCUCAGAGGGACCACAAGGUGCAGGAGUGCCUCAAGGAGCUGGUGGAGCUCUGCAAACAACUGGGGAAAACCUUCGGGAUUCACUAUUACAACAUCUUCUCCACUGCCACUUUGAAAAAGUUAUCUGAGAGGCUGUCCUCCAACCCAGAAAUCCUGCUGCAAAUCGACGGUGUGACCGAGGACAAAUUGGAGAAGUACGGCGGGGAGGUGAUCCAGGUCCUGCAGAAAUAUUCCCAGUGGGAGAAUCCAGUGGAGCAGGCCGAGGGUGGUGGUGAAGACUGCUGGAUCGACACAACUCGAGGCCGCUCGGGUGUCGACGGCGAGGACGGUGACGGCGACGACUCCUCUGCUUACUUCCGAAGCCAGAGCGCGCGUGGGCAGAAGAGGAAGAAAAUGCCUUUCUUCAAAUACAACAAAAAGAGAAUAGGCUACGCAGGCGCGGGUUCCAAUUCUCGAGGCCGAGGCAGCAAUAAACCCUGGGCUUUCAGAGGGGGAGCCAGAGGUGGUUCUCAGUCUGCCGGCCGAGGGUCCAGAGGUGCGACAGGUGACUCGUCGUCAGGAAGGACGCCGGGUUUCAUGGCAAUGCCCACGCCUCAGAACCAGCGACCUUUUCUCAAGCCGUCCUUUUCUCACAUAUAGCGCCGUGGCAUUUACACUACACCGUUUGUAAUAUAUGAUGUUCAAAGUGUACAUUGUUGGGAUUCUAUUUUUUCUUACUCAUCCUUAUUGCCCCUGUAAAUAUAUAUUAAAGAUCAUGAAAAAAACCUA